AUGCGCAAACAACGGAAGUUGAUCAAUCGCGCUGAAGCAAUCAAAGAUACAACUGAUGAAGAAACACCUAAUGCAUCUGAUGCUGAUGAUGUUAGUGAAACAUCUGAUCAACAAAAUGAAAAUAAAAAUAAUGAUGAUGAUGAAGAUAAUUAUGAUGAUAUUAGCUCCACCGAUGAUACUUCUCAUGAUGGAACAUCUGACAACAACACCGAUAACAAUGAUGAUAAUGAUAAUGAAAUCUUUAAACAAGCUAAACAAAUUUCUGAAGAGUUAUUUAUACAACCAGCAGCUCCACGUACGUAUUCACGACAUCAUGGCCGCCGACUUCUUGAUCCAGAAGAAUUUUAUCGAGAUCAAGUUUUUCUCCCAUUUCAACGUGAGUUAAAAGUUAAUGUCGAAAAUCGUCUUUCAAUAUUUAGUCAGCCACGUAUACAAUUACUUACUCAACUACGACCGCAACAUAUCACUUCGACAAAUUGUUCAAUAAUGGAAUUAUAUAAAAAUCUAAUCGAAAAAUUCUCAGAUCGUUUGCCACAAUCUCUUCAACUUUUCGGUGAAUUAGAAAGAUGGAAAAAUGCAUGUGUCAAUCUCAUGAACAAACCAAAUUAUGUUAAUAUUUGGAUGAACGAUUUACUUGAUAAAUGUGAUUUAGUUUUAUACCCAAAUGUACACUUUUUACUCAUUUUUCUUGCUACUCUUCCAGUUACCACCAGCUCGGCAGAGCGUGCAUUCAGCUCACUUAAGCGUAUAAAAACUUAUUGUAGAUCAACAAUGAUUGAAAAUCGACUCAACGGACUUGCAGCUGCGUUCAUUCACAAAAAUGUGGAUAUUGAUGCGAUGAGAAUUCUCGAUUUGUUUGUACAAAAACAUCCACGGCACUUAAAUUUUGGUUGA